AUGUCGGCCACUCCCCGCCGCGCCGACCCCUUCAAGCCCGCCGCCAGGGUCGCGGGGCAGCGCCAGGAUGUCUGGUCCAUUGUCAAUGAAGCUGCUGCCGCCUCGCCCGUCCAGCCCAUUGUCAACAUGGGCCAGGGCUUCUUUGGCUACAACCCUCCCGCCUUCGUCCUCGACGCCGCCAAAGCCGCUCUCGACCAGGUCGACUGCAACCAGUACUCGCCCACAAAGGGCCGCCCGCGCCUCAAAAAAGCCAUUGCCCACGCAUACUCGCCCUUCUUCGGCCGCGACCUCAACCCAGACACCGAAGUGACAAUCACCACCGGCGCCAAUGAGGGCAUGCUCAGCGCCUUCAUGGCCUUCCUCGAGCAAGGCGACGAGGUCAUCGUCUUCGAGCCCUUCUUCGACCAGUACAUCAGCAACAUCGAAAUGCCCGGCGGAAAAGUCGUCUACGUCCCCAUGCGCCCACCCAAGGAGGGCGCCACAAAGACUACUUCGGCAGCAGAGUGGACCAUUGACAUGAACCAGCUCGAGGCUGCCAUCACCCCGCGCACCCGCAUGAUAGUCCUCAACUCCCCCCACAAUCCUAUUGGCAAGGUCUUUUCCCGCGCAGAACUGCAAGCAAUUGGGGACUUGUGCGUCAAGCACAACAUCCUCAUCCUCUCAGACGAGGUCUACGACCGCUUGUACUACGUCCCAUUCACCCGCAUCGCCACCCUUUCUCCCGAAAUCGCCAAACUCACCCUUACCGUCGGAUCUGGAGGCAAAAACUUCUACGCCACGGGCUGGAGAGUAGGCUGGCUCAUUGGUCCCGAACAUCUCAUCAAGUACGUCAGUGCUGCCCAUACUCGCAUCUGCUACAGCAGUGUCUCCCCCUUGCAAGAGGCUACGGCUGUUGGCUUCGAGCAGGCCGAUGCCCACAACUUCUGGGACGACUCCAAGAAGGAGAUGAAGGCCAAGAUGGACAAGUUCACCGCCGUCUUUGACGAACUCCACCUGCCCUACUCAGACCCUGAGGGCGGUUACUUUGUCCUUGUCAACAUGUCAAAGGUCAAAUUACCCCAAGACUACCAAUUCCCACCACACGUCGCAGAGCGUCCCAGGGACUUUCAGCUCAGCUGGUUCCUCAUCAAGGAGGUGGGUGUCGCUGCCAUCCCCCCGACCGAAUUCUUCACUCCAGAAAAUGCCUACAUUGUAGAAGACUGGUUGCGUUUCGCAGUCUGCAAAAACGACGACGUUCUCGAGAGUGCCAUGGAUCGUCUAAGGAGCCUCAAACAAUACAUUCACGAAUGA